UUGUGUGCGCUGAACUGCGGUGGCUGCGUGCGUGCGUGCGUGCGUGCGUGCGUGCUUACUUACUUACUCCCCUGCCCUGCCCUUCCCUGCCCUUCCAUCCUUGAUUACUUGAUUACUUGACUAUUUGAUAUGCGUCACAGUGGAAGGCACCGUGUCGGGUUUCCUCUGUGGCUGUGAGUAAGUUUCGUGCAGUGGCUAUAGGCGAAUAAUGUGAUGCUGCUGUGAGCGCGUUGCCUGGCACUGUGCGUGGGUGAUGAGGGGUACAGUAGAAGCCGCUGUGAAGGCUAUCAUGGCCGCUAUCGAAUCCGAAGGUUCAGGAGCAGUGACCGAUGAGCAGUUAUCAGCGUUGUAUUUCAUUUUUAACAAGAAUUUAGAGCGAGCAUUACGCAUACUGGACCAAGGAGGUGUGCAACAUGUUGUUUCUCAUCCCAGUCAGCGUUCCGUCUUUCAGGUGAUCGCAGAAUCCAAGAGCGGCUCCAACAGCUAUUUGUGCUUCCCAGACCAUUUCUGUUCCUGUCAAUCUUUCUUCUUCGACGUGGUUUCCAGAAGCGACCAAUUUUGUUGCAAACAUCAGUUGGCAGCCAUGCUUGCUUCUGCUCUGCGUGGAUGCAAAAAUGUGACUGUUUCUGAUGCUGAGCUUGCACAUCUUCUUCUUCAAUGUUAGUAAACUGAGUGCGAAGGAGCUGAAACAACGUCGUAACUCAAAAUAGGACGAUCUACUCCUUAGAACUUUAUGUUCUGAGUGAAUUUUACUUGGUUUCAAAUCAAACCACUCCAAAAUCCCCUGUAGUGGAUGCCUUAGGCCAGGUAACUAGAGUACAUUCGGCAGGUCUUUGAUUUUUCUAGAAAUGGAAAAUAUCUAAGUGUCAGUGUUAUCCAAGAAAUUCCUGGUGCUAUUUUUCACCAACUAUGAAUCUCACAAUAGUUGGUCACCAUUGUACUGCGAUUCAACAAGACAUCCCGUGCAAUUUCAUCGCUGGGAUGUCCCUGUGGAUGGACGUGUGUUCCCACACAGCAUGCAAUUGCUCAGGAAAUGAGAGUGAAUACGAGUAAUCGACUGUUACUUAAUAUGAGGUACCUCCAGGAAGUGCCGCUCUGUUAAACAGUAUGUUGUUUCUUGGGAUUCCAAUACGCACUACUAAUGAACAUCGGCUCUCAAGCCACAAGCUCA